GUCAGUUUCAAUUGCCGACAUGAGCGACAAGGUCGUGUAUGAAGUGGCGGGGGUGUUAACUGAUCCCAACUUCCAGCGCAUGCGGCACCUCGCCCUGGACCUUCGGGACCAGGUGUCUUCAGUGUCCAUCAUCCUGCGCUCCAUGGUGGAAGCCGACUUUGGUCCGUACUUGACCUCCCGGGGGCUCGCGCGGCGUUUCCCCAAACACCUCAAGACAUCUCCCAUUGCGUUUGUUCCCGUCUCGGACGAUGAAAGCAGCAACAACGCCGGCGGCGACGGAGUCGGCACGUACAUUGGCGAUACGGAGGCGUUCCUGGACUUGUGCGCUCAAAAGUAUGGCGUCACCGACCGCCUCACCAGUCGCGACUGCCUCCAGAAAGCUACCGAGGCGUGGGACAACUACCGCGCCCACUCGCGCAACUUGUUCUGCUUCCUCAAGUUCGCCACCGACGGCCAAGUGUACCACGACCGCGUGAUCCUCGAGCUAUUCGACGACAUCUGCCCCAAAGCAUGCGAGAACUUUGCCGCGCUGUGCCGCCCCGAGACCCAGAGCGGCUACGCUGGCCUUCCGAUUCAUCGCAUUGUCCCGGGCGGGUGGAUCCAGGGCGGCGACGUGGCCACGGGCGGGCGCGGCGAUGGCGUCGGCGGCAGCAUGCUCCAUGAAGACGGGGUGUUUGAAGACGAAGCAUUUUCGGUCUCCCACGACAAGCCCGGCAUUUUGUCGAUGGCCAACAACGGACCCCAUACGAAUGGAGCGCAAUUCUUCAUCACCCUCGCCCCACUCCCUUGGCUCGACAAGUCCAAAGGUACGAGAAGUCCCACAAAUUGAUUGGAAUAUAUAUAUUAUGUGGUAUAUUGUGUGGCAUGGAUAUAUAUAGUGAAACAUAUAUAUUGUGUGGUAUGGAUAUAUAUAGUGAAACAUAUAUAUUGUGUGGUAUGGAUAUAUACUGUAUAGUGAAACAAUUAUAUUCUGUGGUGUUGAUAUGUAUUAUGUAUAAGUAUAUACCGGUAGUGAAACAUAUAAAAUUAUGUGGAUAUAUAUUGUGUAUGAAUAGUGGAACAUACUACAGGUAUAUAUGGGUGUGUAUGGAAACAAUACAUAUAUAUAGCAAAUUCUAUGCGUUGGGAAUAUAUAUGAACAUUGCGUACUUGACAAGUCUCAAUAGUCCGAGUAAAAUGUAGCUGUACCUACCGUAGUAUAUAUCGAUACUUGGACUACAUAUCUAUUAUAUAUAUCGUGUGUGCGUAUGUAUGGAUGGU